AACGAAAGGUAAUGAAAACUCGAAAUACUCGAUUUCUUGGUGGUAUCGUAUUCUCGUUGCACCGAUGAAGAUCGUCAAUUUCACUUUAAACUUCGACCCAUUUUUGGGUGACCAAAGAGAGAGAAAUUUUUGGGAACUGUUGUACCCGUUAGGAGGAAGUUUCAUCAUCUUGUCUUUACGCCUGUUUUUAGUCAAGUUUAUAUUCACCCGGGUUGGGGUAUGGUGCGGACUCGAAAAAGUUACACCCAAGAAACCAGCACCCAACCCAGCUUUAGAAAAAGCGUAUUCAAAAUCAAAAAAAUGGUCCGAACGUGAAAUUUUAGGUCUUUCUAAACAGAUAGAUGUGGACUACACGAAAGUAAACGAGUGGUUUAAAUUGCGAGCAGCCCAAGACAAACCCUCCGUUUCAGACAAGUUCGGCAACAGUUGUUGGGAAUUUUUCUACUUUACGGGUGCUUGCACUUGGGGUUUUUUAGUCCUGAAAGAUAAACCGUGGUUGGUGGAUUUUAAUCAAUGUUGGACCGACCACUACAACCAAACCGUUCCCGAUGACGUCUGGUGGUACUUCAUGUUAUGUUUCUCUUUCAUAGGAGGGCAACUCCUUGGACUCGCUUUAGACAUACCAAGAAAAGAUUACUACGUCAUGGUUGUGCACCAUCUAGUCGGAAUUUUGUCGUUACUGAUUGGUUGGACCACUUAUUUUUAUAAAUUUAGCACACUUUUUGUACUCGUUUCUGACACCUGCAAUGUGUUUCUUGAGGCAACGAAAAUUUGCAAAUAUUUAAACUUGCGCAAGCUCUCAAUUCUUGUUUUUGUUUUGUUUACGUUGGUUUGGGUUUCUAUAAGAGGAGUUAUCCAUAUUUUUCUUUUGAAAAGUAUAACUUUGGACGCCCCGAAAUAUUUGCCCGCAGUUCGUAGUAACGUUCUUUAUUAUAUUUUCAUUUUUUGUGGUCUUGGGUUCGGUCUUAUGAAUCUUAUGUGGACUUAUUUUUUGGUCAAAGUUAUUGCGAAUUUUUGUAAAACUGGAGCCAUGGAGGACGCCAGGUCGGACGUCGACGACUAAAAUAAAUACUUAUCCAUCUAAUUAGUUCCCACAGUUUUACUCGUAUACUAUAACUUAUUUUUGAAAUUCCGAUGCGACGUUGCCACAUUAUUCCAAUUUUAUUGCACUCACUAUAGAUUGAUAUUCAAUUUUAUUUACAUCAC